GUGUUUGGUGAUUAUAUUGAUUAUUCUGUAAAUUGCACUUGUACGAAUACUAACUCUAAUAUUUAUCCACAAAAUGACACGAAUAUGCCUUCUAUUUGGAUGCUGUACGAUUUUAAGUCUUGUAGUAAUUGAAACUUCUGCUGAACAAAGUCCAGUGACUUUCACAUUUAAAGAAUAUCAAUACAAGGACUCACCAAAAAAUGAAAUGACGUUUCGGGAGUUUGAAACAGCGUGUGAACAAAGUAGCGCAUGCAAUCACAUGAAUGGUCUUCCAAGGACCCGUUGCGUAAGGGAGUGCGUUUCGCCUUCUUGCUAUAGAGAUCUCUACCAGAAUGACCCGUUAGAAGAUGGAGAAAUCGAUGUUCGACUAAACUCAUUCAAGGGGUGUUUCAUACAAAGGAGUGGCAGAACGAGAAAUUGAUUUUCUCUCAAGUUAAUUUCAUCUCUGAUCUUAUGUGCUAAUAAAAUUAACAAAAUCCGUCGAAAAGUACAGCUGAUCAUUUUGUUAAUAACAAAUGGCGUGUUGAUGAGAAUGAACUUCGUAACAUACGUCAUAAAAGAACGAAAAAUGUAAUGCCUAUUUUGUUACAGAUUCACAUUUUUCUCCUCUCUGCGUAGUCCAUACUUUCAUGUUAUCCUUACCUAUAAGAAAAAAAUAUUCUUUGUUGUGAAGUCAUUCUGUAAUAUUUUAAUGCACAUUGUUCAGUCUAUU